AUGGAGGCGCUGCGGCGGCUGGGGAGAGUUCCUUGGCUGCGGCGCAUUGCUGUGGCGCUGGGCAUUGUGGGGCCCGUGCUGCUGCUGCUGUACAUCCCCCCUGUUGCUGCUGCUACAAUUUUUGGGAUUUGUUUGCUGGCAGCAAACGAGCACUGCAGGCUCAAGUCUCUCGCGCUGCAGCGGCUGCUGCAGCACACUGCAGCAGCAGCAGCAGCAGACACAAACUCGAAAGCAAAUGAAAUUCAAAAACCUCUUUUGGCCUCUCGCCUUUCUUCCCCCAAGGGGGUUUCUUUUGGCGUCGCGGCGAAUUCAGUUUUGCUUUACGGCUGGAGCCGAGACAUUCCGGAGUCGCGGGAUGCACUCCUCUACGCCUGGGCCUCCGCAGGCCUCGACUUAUAUUUCUUGUGGCACUACGCAGUGCCUCUGGCCAUGGGCAGCUUCGUGUUGCAGCGCAACGGGGGUUUGCCUCUUGCUGCUUCUCUAAUCGCCAUUUCUGCUGCUGGAGAUAGCGGGGCUCUUUUCUGCGGCUCUGCAUUUGGAAAGAGAAAAAUAAUUGAAAAACUUUCUCCCAACAAGACGGUGGCCGGAGUGCUGGGCUCCCUCUCCUGGAGCUGGCUCGCGGGCUGGCUGCUGUGGCUACUGUCUUUAAAAGCCCCUUACCUCGGAUUGAGGGUUUUGAGUCUCGCGGAGUAUCUUUGCUUUGCCACUCUUAUUAGCAUUUCGGGAUUUUUUGGAGAUUUGGUGGAAAGCGGAUUCAAAAGACUCGCAGGCGCCAAAGACAGCAGUGGCCUUUUCGGGCCCCACGGCGGAGUUUUGGACAGGUUGGACUCCAUGACUCUGCCGAUUCCUUUUCUGGUUUUCUUCAUGGUGCUGCGGGGCCACUUGUAG